UUCAAUUGUAUUAACAUUUUCUCACUCUCACUCAUUCAAAACUGAUACUUUCACUUAACUGAGAAGGCCGUUGGUGAGAUUCGAAUUCAUAACGUUUUCUCUCGGAGUUAACUUGAAAUUAACCUGAAAUCCCAAUAUCAAAAUUGGAAAUCAGGACCUCAAAAAUGUGUGAUGCUAAAGAAGCAGAUAUAGUUAGGACCUCAAAAAAUGCAGAGUUUUCAUUGAAAGUGAUGAUAAAUAAAGAGAAAACUAAGGUGCUCUUUGUAGAAGGUAGCAGCCAUUUUACAGACAUUUUGUUAAGCUUCUUGACUUUGCCGUUGGGAAGAAUCAUCAAAGUCCUCCACAAACACUAUGGAGACGAGACACCCACCAUUGGAAGCUUACACAACUUGUACCGUAGCUUAGCUAAUCUCGAUAGCCCCCAUUUUGCAACUGAGGGUGCCAAGGAGACUCUGCUCAGUCCAACAAGUUCGUUCGAAGAUGAAAUCAAACAGCUGAAACUGGAUGUCACUGAUUCUCCUCCGAAUGAAUAUUUCAAAUGUAUCUGUUGUGGUUAUAGAAUUUGUCGAGUUGUAAGCGUGUACUAUGAUCAUGCCGAAUUUUGCAUCAAGUGUGGAUAUCGUACCCGUAUUAUAAUAGAGCAGCAAGAAGAAGUGAGGUGUGAAGCUGCUUCUGGAGAUGGAGUUUUCACCAUGGAUAUAGCUUCUUUCAUAAUCUUUGAUGAUUUGCGGACAUUUCCAAAUGAGACAGGACUCUUGGGAAUCAUCAGGACUAUUGGCAUUGCAGACAUGGAUAAGGCUGAGCCAAUUAAAGUAACUCUUGGGUUCAAUGAGAUUAUGAGUUUGUUAAAGGCAUCAUUGGUUUCCAAAACUCCUCUCUCAGACGUCAUACUGAGUAAAACAAGAGGCGCAAAGAACUAUAUAACUUUGGGAUUUGAACCCGAGGCCUUGUUAAACCAGAUUGAGAAUGAAGAGAACCCCAACUCCAAAAAGAUGGUUAUGAAAGCGGUUAUACAAAAAUCUACUGGUAAGUUAGUGUACGCUCAAGCUAAGGAAGAUUUUGUAGAGUUCCUAUCUAGUUUCCUCUAUAUCCCGCUAGGAGGAGUUGAGCAUCUUCUAGCCGGAAAGACAUGUGUAAAGGCUAUAGACAACUUGUAUCGAAGUACAACUGAUCUUAUAGACUGCGAGUUUUUCAAGAGCCCAGAUAUGAAAAAUAGGCUAAUCAAUCCCAAUGUUGCUCAUGGUUGUAUUUCUGAUAACCAUAUUUUUCCCCUUACUCAAAAAACCUUAUCCUAUGACCAGAGUAGACACUCAAUGUCUUCAUCUAAGUUUCCUAAUGGCAAGGGGAGUUAUCUUAAAGGACCGCAAACUUAUCAGAUCACAGAUGAUCUAACUGUGACACCACUCUGUAUCUUCUCAAUCCUUUCCUGUCUCAAUAAGCAGAAAAUCCAUGUAUCUGAUGUCCAAGAAGUGGAAAUGCAAAUCGGGCUGAAAGAGGGUUUGAGCAUACUGAAAGCCACUCUUACAUCUACUUCCACGCUCUCUGAUGCUCUGCUCAAUAGCAUAUCCAUCAAACAACCAAAGACAGAGAGCACUGAGUUUGAUCAUUGACAUCAAUAUGAACCGCUUACAUAAGUAAACUUGUGUGCUUGUACUAAUAGUUGUGGUUCUUGAUUACACUCUUUCGAGCGAGUGAGUUUCCUCAUGGAUUAUUUAAGUUAUCCAUCUCUCAUUUUUAAUUUAUCUCAAUUUAAAUAUUAUUGUACAUUUAUGCAAAA